CGCCACACACUCUCGACCUUCAUCCCGAGGUGGCUGCAUUACGCAAACAGUUGUCCGAGCUGGAACAGCUCAACGUGGAUCUGAGAAGCACUUCCAUUUGUAAGUGAGAAUGGUCCCGGCGAGCUGAAUUACGAAGUCCUUGAAACCAGCAAGCUAAUUUUAUUUGUUUUUUUUCGGUAGCAAUGGCAAUCAUGGACAAAAGAAGUGGAGGAAACAGGAAAAUUUGCCAAUACGUGGCCGACACAGUGACAUCAACUCUUGAGGAACUGCGACAACUCCUUCGGCCGCAUUUUGAGCAGUUUGAAGGAGACGACUACGUACAAAUUUAUUUGUAUCAACCCGGGUGUGCAAAACCUGUUUUGGUUAGCCACGACGACGUGCUCCGCUCUUGUUUGAAAAUAGCCAAGGACAAUGGCCACAAGAACUUCACCAUAUCUUUGGAUAGCCCGGCCAAGAAGUUCUCGUCGUACACCUGGAAGGAUGCACAGAUCCAGUAUGGAGUCCGAGAGUUUGAACUCAUGCCAGCGUUCGAUAUUCAGCCAAAGUCAUUGCUGGAAGACGAGAAAACGAUAUUGAAGCACGUCGUUGAGGACUGUAUUUUCAAGAACAAGGCGUACCUGCUUGGUCCGGGUGCAAGCGAGGCAACGAAGUCAUCGGUUGUCGAUACAUUCAUGGUUGGAGCCAUGCAAUCCUACGGUUCCGAGAUGUUCCUGGCACAACAACGGCCAAUGAGCGGUAUGCGUGGUCACGGGGCCGUCGACUUUGCUGUUGUCGACCGAGUACAUCAGUCGCAAGUUCUUGGUGUUACGGAAGUCAAGAAGGAGGAUUAUGCGCAAGGCCUAGCUCAAAAUAUGGCGGAACUCGAUGUGGCCGUGCAACAAAAGAAACGAAAACGAAUUGACGAAGUGGACGAGGACAGCGGAGAGAGAAUACCAGCUCGCUUCAAGUCGUAUGGGAUUGUGACGGACUCAUUCAAGUGGACACUUGUGGAAUGUACAUUGGACGAGGGCGACGUCUUGUCGUUUCGAGUGAAGGACAUCCCAGGCGUUCUUGACUUGAAGCAGACCAAGAAGGAAGACGUGGAAAAGGACUGUGAGAAAGUCUUUAGCUAUGUUCUUGCCCUGUACCAGUUGAUGAAGGCUGAGAUUGUGAACAGGAGCGCUUAUGGCAGUCCUUCGUCUGACACCCCACCAAGCAAGAGAGUGGCGACUGGUUCACCUCGUUCAUAGUGGUUAGUGCCUUCCGACGGAAAUACUCUGUAUUUUGCUCAUAUAAACUGUUGCUGUUGCUACACCUGUUGAUUUA